CAAAUCAAAUGGAGAAUCACAUGCCAAGAGAUCCAAGUCAUGAUACACAAGAGACUACUACCACAAACAACCAAUCUAUACCGGUCCAAUCUAUAUUUAAUAGAGUUUUCAACGAUGUCUCCAACAGCCCUAUGAUAUUUACAACACCAGGGACUAACCUAAAUCGUCGAAUUGAAAACCAGAGUUGUAAAUCAGUAUUGACAGCUAUGAGGCAACCUGCUUUGAGAAAUUUUAGAAAGAGAAGCAGAAGUGUUUUUAACGACAUCUCCAAUAUUUCGUUUGAACAAGGAAGUGGUGUUGAUGCUAUUAAUAAGAGAGCAAGAAAAGUUGACCCCAUGGGAAAUAAUGAUUCAUCUAAUCAAGAUGGUCAACUAUAUUAUGAAACGACUGGAAGAGGAGAAAAAUCUGAAGAAGAUUACAAUUUUUAUAUAGAAA